AACAGAGUAGACGUGAUUAAUUUCUCGCUCCGACUAAAUACAAAAACUUAAGUAAAACUGUAGUUAAAAAUUGUGAAAAGUGGUGAAAAGCUUAUAAAAAUGGUGAUUUUUACCCGUGACCAGUUAAAGGAAAUAAAAGAGGAAAUAUUUAAAGACUUUAAAGCAGUUAUAGAAAAAGGCAUUGGUGAAAUAAUGGAUAGUGAAUCAUUUACAGACAAAUUGAUUGCCAAGGUCAGUGACACCGUACAAAAAACCCUUGAAACUAAACUAAAUAAUUAUAAACAACAUUAUGAAAAGCAAAUAAAAACGCUUGAGGAAAAAAUUGAUGCAAUAGAACAAUACUCAAGAAGAAAAAAUUUACGCAUUUUUGGCGUACCAGAAAACCCAGUAAUACCACUUAAAGAUGACAUAAACAACAUCUUUACAACCAUGGGAACAGAACCCAAACCCAUAGUAGAAUGUUAUAGAAUUGGAAAACUAACUAAUAAACCUAGAGCUAUUUUUCUUAAACUAGCAAACUAUGAAGACAAAAUGGAAAUUAUUAAAAACCGAAAGAAGUUAAAGGGCACUAAAGUGCAUAUUAAGGAGGAUUUAACAAAAGCUAAAAUGGAAAUACUAACAGCUGCAUCUGAUAAAUUUGGCUACAAAAAUGUAUGGAGUCUAAAUGGAAAAAUAUAUGUUAUGUUAAACAACAAAAAAACUGAAUUCAAGUCCAUUGAACUUGUAGAUAAUUACGAUGUCAAUGUAAAUAGGAGUGAUUUUUAA